CAGCUCCUUCACUUCUCCUCUACAUUUCUCUCAUCGCUUCAUCACCAUUUCUCCGUCAUUUCUUCGUCAUUUCUCCACCACUUCUUCAACUAUGUAAACUUCAUCUACUUUACGAGAUUCGGAGUCGAGAUAGCCAAUUUAAGUGUUUACCGAUAGCCAUUGAUGUGGGAACAAAUAAUGAGCAACUAUUGAAAGACAAGUUCUACAUUGGACUCAGACAAAAAAGAGCUACUGGCGAGGAAUACUACAACUUUCUUGAAGAAUUCAUGAAGGUUGUGAAGCAAAUCUACGGCGAAAAAGUUCUUGUACAGUAUGAAGAUUUUGCGAAUCACAACGCUUUUGAGUUGUUGGUGAAAUAUGGUACCACACAUUUGGUAUUCAAUGAUGAUAUACAGGUAUGCUGCUUUUCUUUUGGCCUGAUCCCAUUAAUGCUGCAGGGGACAGCUGUUGUGGUACUUGCGGGGCUUGUUGCAUCGCUUAAGCUGCUUGGAGGGUCCUUAGUUGAGCAUACGUUCUUGUUCUUUGGUGCUGGAGAACAGAUAUGGAUGAUCUUUUUGCCUCUACUCGUGUCGAUAGCAGAUAUGGAUGGAUUGUUUUCAUUAAAACAUAUUGAAACAAUCUUAAAGUCAUUACAUUGUGCUUCAUGUCGAUCUCUCCGUGAUCACAGACUGGAACUGGUAUAGCUGAAAUCAUAGCACUUGCAAUUUCAAAAAAGACAAACGCCCCUGUGGAGGAAGCACGUAAAUAACUACUGAUCUCACACUUUGCUUGAAUAUGUGAUGCCUAACCAUGGGGAGCCAGCUACAGUGUCAUUACCCAGAUUGGUUAUCUCCCAGUCCAUUAAGAACAUAGUUGUUCAGAUACUGUGGUACAACCUCAUUUUUAUGAGGUAACUACUUUGCCUGUCAAUCUGGGAAAGGGUCUUGCUUGCUUAAAACUACAACUUUGCUUUUGUGAGCAAAGUAACCUUUGACAAGGUUCUUAUGUAUCAAAAUGGACAUGAUACACUCCACCUCAUCAACACCCAUAUCAAUUUCAAGCCACUUUAGAGCUCUAACAAUUAAGUUUAACUUGAUUUGGUGAGCUUUAUUCUGAUCUUUCUGCUUCUGGAUAAUAGAGAUCUUUUUUAGUAACCUCUGGUAAAUUUGGAGCUCUAGCUUCUCCAGGACAAGAUAAAGGCCAGACCUUAAAAACUGGACUUCAUGUUCCUGCAGAGCAUGUCGAAGAAGUCGUAGAUAAUGGGAAACUUGACCUGUAUGUAGCACAUAAUGGGUAGAUUUGACUCUCUUAUCUAAAAGAAGCAGCUGGUAAUGAAUGGGCUUGACGCAGGUGCUAUUUUAGGAAACUCACAAUGUCCUUUUCAGUCAAGUACAAGUGCAUCUGGUUGAGCUUAAUCUAAAAGUACUAUAUGUCCCUGUAACUUUCUUUUUGCACUAGAAGGAAAUCUCCAGACAAGCAGCAUUUUAGCAAUAGAAACAAAAAAAAAAGUUGGCUAAGUAGGAGUUGAAUCCUCAUAUGUAGAUGUUUUUUUGAUGUUCAAUUGAAAUAUGAGGUGGGUUCUCAUAAAAUGUCUCCUUCAAAACCUCUAUGGAUUGGAACAAAAUGAAGAUGUGCUAUGAAUGUUCGAUCCCUAUUCACAAGAAUGGUAUCUUAUUUUUCAUCGAGUUUAUUAAUUCCUUUGAAACCCCUAUAACAUGUUAAUACAUGUUUUUUUCUUGAAUCUAUAAGCCUUCAGUAACAACAAAUGAAAUUGACAAAGUUGUGCAUCAAAUGAUAAUCAAUGCUGGCGCUUAUCCAUCUCCCUUAGGCUAUGGGGGGUUUCCGAAGAGUGUGUGCAUAUCCGUCAAUGAGUGAAUGUGUCAUGGAAUACCUGACUCACGGCAGCUGCAGGAUGGAGACAUAAUAAACAUUGACGUGACCGUUUACCUGAAUGUAAGUUGUCGAUGCCCCUUCAUUAUUGUAAUAGACUACAUGUGCUAUCUUUUUUACUGCUAGCCGGUCUUUACCCUAUGUAUUUAGAAGGACAUUUGUCUUCUCUUGAAAGUUCUGCCGUUGAAUUAUGGCUGAACCUUGUAAAUUGUAAGGAUCAUUUGUUCCU